AUGGCUACGAAGGUUAAUUUCAAAACCACGUUCGAGGCGGCCAAGACUAUCGAGCCCAUUUAUACCGGCGGCGAUGUUUCUCACACUUCGGAUGGCGCGCUCCUGGCAACAUGCGUCGAGGACAGCGUCCUGGUCGUUGAGGUGAAGACAAGCAGAGUACUAUGUCGCAUAGAAGGAGAUGGGGAGGCCGUAACCAGCUUAUGUCUUGCUCCGAAUGCCUCCCAUCUGGUUGUUUGUUCUCGAGCACUCUCACUACGAAUAUACACUCUCAAGCCGUUGGAAACCCCUCUCACUUUGUCCGCAAUCCUCUUACGAACUCUCAAGCCCCAUGAUACUCCCGUCGUGUCUUCUGCAAUCGAUGCCACCGGGUCGCUGCUCGCAACUGGAGGGGCGGACGGAACCGUCAAAGUAUGGGACAUCAGAGGCGGCUAUGCAUCCCACACAUUUCAUGGCCAUGGAGGGGUCAUUUCAGCUCUGGAGUUCUUCGAGUCAGCCUCUGCCGACCCGACUUCGAAACCGAGUCGGAAACGGAAGAGUCGCGACGCCACUCAAAUGGACGUCGAUGACGGCCCCGCAAGUCGGUCCAUUUACCUCGCAUCUGGUGGCGAAGACGGCAAGAUUCGGAUUUGGAAUCUACCAACGCGAAAAUCUGUCGCGACGCUUGACUCCCAUGUCAGUGUGGUCCGAAGUCUAGACUACUCUGAUGAUCAACAUCUGCUUUUAUCAGCCAGUCGUGACAGAACAAUAAUCCUUUGGGAUGCCCAAACAUGGGAGCAGCAAAGAGUCAUUCCAGCGCUCGAGGUUUUGGAAGCCGCCCAGUUUCUUCCCUCCGGCCGGUUCUGCUAUGCAGGAGGCGAGAACGGAGCUGUGAGAAUAUGGGAAACAUCCACCGGUCGCGAGAUCACGGCGAAACAGACGGCGGGCUUGGAAAACGAUGCAAUCACAGCACUUGUCCAUGUCACAGCAGAUGAUGCGCUUCUCUCCAUUCAUCAGGAUCAGACCAUGCGGCUGCGGAGCAUAUCUGGCCUUCGCAAUAUCAAGCAUACACAGUCACUGGAUGUAUUGCCACUGAUUCGAACGAUCUCCGGGAAUCUCGACGAAGUCAUUGAUAUGGCAUGUGCCGGACCCGAGAGAACACUCUUGGCCCUUGCCACGAACACAGAAAGCCUCAAAUUGAUAUCCGUUGCAGACAAAGAUGACAGUUCUUUUGGCGGCGAUGUCGCUCUACUUGAGGGACAUCAAGACAUCAUAAUCUGCUUGGACGUCGACUGGUCGGGGUACUGGCUAGCAACAGGUGCGAAGGAUAAUACCGCUAGACUCUGGAGGCUCGACCCGUCUUCUUCUUCAUACACAUGCUUUGCCAUCUUUGCCGGACACGCAGAGUCACUAGGGGCCAUUGCCCUCCCACGAAGCCCACCCGCUGACGGCGCCGCUGCGAGAGACCCAGCCCAACAUCCUCCGGCGUUCCUACUCACAGGAUCGCAGGACAAGACUGUCAAGCGCUGGGACACUGCAAAGCUGAAGUACACCUCCUCACAAGCAGAGCCUUUGUCAGCGGCAAAGGCCAUGUUCACCAGAGUUGCGCACGAAAAGGACAUCAACGCAAUUGACGUGUCUCCAACAGCUCCGCUAUUUGCUUCUGCCUCCCAAGACCGCACAAUCAAGAUCUGGUCUCUGGAAGACGGGUCUGUGACUGGCAUUCUCCGCGGCCAUAAGCGAGGCGUUUGGUCCGUCCGGUUCUCUCCCGCGGGAACACCUCCUCUGGCCCUGCCGGAUGGAGGCUCGAGCGGCUCGCGUGGACUGCUGGUCAGUGGCUCUGGCGAUCGGACGGUCAAGGUGUGGUCCUUGUCGACAUAUACCUGCCUGCAAACGUUCGAGGGCCACAGCAAUUCUGUACUAAAGGUCAUCUGGAUCCCUCCGCCUACCAUGCCAUCCCCAGAUGCCGAGUCCUCCCCAGACUCGCGUCAGCCACAAUCAAAUCAACCGAUGAUUGCGUCCGCAUCCUCGGAUACCCUCGUCAAGCUCUGGUCGCCUUACUCGGCGGCCGAUUCUGACCACCUCCUAACCACACUCGACAACCACACCGACCGGGUAUGGGCCCUGGCGGCGCCAAACGCCUACCACACAGCAGGAUCGAAGGCUCGCACAUAUCCAUAUUCCCUAAUAUCGGGCGCCGCGGACGCCACAUUGACUUUCUGGCGCGACACCACGGUACAGACGGCCACAUUGGCCUCGAAACGCGCGACCGAACGUAUCGAGCAGGAUCAGCAACUUCAGAACCACAUUUUCUCUAAGAACUACCGUGAGGCCAUCACGCUGUCGUUGGCGCUUAAUCACCCAGGCCGCUUGCUCCGCGUAUUCCAAGAUGUAGUGAACCUUCCUGAUGCCGAGAAGGACAGCUCGAGUAUCAUGGGCUUGAAGGCCGUCGACGAUGUCCUCGCAGCACUCGAUCACCAGCAGGUCUUCACUUUGCUUGAGCGUGUUCGUGAUUGGAACACAAACGCACGCACCGCUACGGUUGCCCAGAGGAUUCUCAAUUGUCUGUUCAAGAGCUAUCCAGCAAGCAUGUUCGUGGAUAUGGCCAAGAACCGCAAAUUCAGCUCAAACGGAAAAGGAAUGAAGGAAUUGCUCCGCGCGUUGGAGGUCUACACCGAGCGGCAUUACAAACGAAUGGAGGAUCUCGUAGACGAGAGCUACUUGGUCGACUAUACGCUGAGAGAAAUGGACGAGGUUGCAGGCGUUGCGGUGGGUAGUGAGGGACCAUUGGCCCUCGAAAAUGGCAAUUCCGGCAGCGAGGAUGUCAUAAUGGUGUAA